GGGGCGUCCUCCCUCCCGCCGCGUCUGUCCUCCCGCGCUGGAAGUGGGAAAUCCUUCGUUUGGGUCAAAGAAACUCUCAAUGGAUCAUGGAAAAACCUUCUAUCAUUCAGCAAUUAGGAAUAAGAACUCUCAGACAUUUUGGUCAUCGUCCCUGGCACCGCAAAAAGAAGAAAAGGCUUUUGUCCUCCCCUGCGUAUCCUAUACAUUCUGAAGUGGAUGCUUCUCAUGAAAAAUUAGAAAGCAUGUCAGAAUCAGAUGCCGUGAAUGUCAGUGGUCUUUCUCAAGACUUAUCUCACUCAGAUUCUCUCUUCUGUAUGGAAGCUAGCCCUGUCACCCUGGACUUGCCUAAGAAUGAAACAAAGAAUAUAAAAAUGGAAAAUGAGUCUAUACCCACACUUUCUGAAGACGUUUAUAGCAUACAAGACAACUUGCUUAGUGGAGAUAUCAGCAUUGGAAAUGACACACAGAAUGUACAAAUGGAGCCAGUUAACUCCAGCAUUUCUUCCUCACCACAAUUUGAACCCAUUUGUAAAUUUCACUGGAUAGAAGAAUUUUAUGAUGACACCACAACAUUUCAGAAUAUUAUGGAAAGCCUUUCUUAUACAGAGAACUCAGAAUUGGGAAACCAUGGGUAUCAUUAUGCAAAAGAGACCAAUACAAAGCAAGAUUCACUCGAGGAAGAAAAUCCAAUGGAAACUUGCCUGUCAACAAAUAAGGACCAACCUGCUCAUAAUUGUAUCAACCAGUCUCCUGGAAAUCCAUCUAUAACCUACUACAAUAAAGAGACACCACAGUUCACAGAAAAUUUAAAGGCUGAAUGUACUGCCAAGGAAUCUGCUGUCAACACUAGUCAGCUUCACGACUCUUUAGAUAAAGGAAGUGUCCCCAGAAAUGUUGAAAAUUCAUUUUAUAAUAAGAAUAGCUUUAAACUGCUUGAUCUGAGAGUUAAUUAUAAAGCAGAGGAGACUGAAGUUUCUUCAAAAGAAAUACAGAAUUCCAGGGAUGUCAAUCACCAGGAAGAAGUGACAUCAGCAGGUGUGAAAAGCAUAGGGAUUGCCAUGUCUUGGUCUCCAGUAGGCAACCCCAGGAGUGGUGUAGCAUCUCAAAAACACUGCAUGACACCUGCCGUGGGGCAAGACAUUGAAAAUUUAUGGCCUCUGGAAGAGGACUUGGCUUUAAAUGAAGUCUUACAAAAAUUAAAAUAUACUAACAGAAAGCAGCUUGUGCAGAUCCAAGACCUCCAGUAUAGGAAUGAGCACUUAGAGAAGCAGGUGAAAGAAUUACAGAUGAAGAUCACCAAACAGCAGACAUUUGUUGAUAUCAUAAGCAAACUAAAGGAGAAUAUUGAGGAAUUAAUUGAAGACAAAUACAACGUAAUGCUAGAAAAGAGCGAUACUAACAAGAAAUUGCAAAAUUUGCAAGAGAUUUUCAAUGACACACAAAAACAUCUUCAAGAGACCAAGAAAGAGAAGGAAACUUUACAACUCCAGUUUAAAAAGCUGAAGGCUAAUUAUCUUCAUUUACAGGAAAGAUUCCUUGCUGAAAUGCAAGAGAAAAACCUCUCUGUAGAUCAGUGUAUAGAAAUGGACAAAACCUUGUACAAGAAAGAAGAGGAGAUCAAAAGCCUGCAACAACUUAAAGGAGAAUUGGAGAUGGCCACUACUUCUGCUUUGGAAUUGUUAGAAAGGGAAAAAGAGACCCGAGAACAAGAGCUCUUGACUUUACAAGCGGAGUUCCAGAAACAGGAAAAAGAAAGCCUGAGAGAAAAACGGAAAUUGAAAUUAAGAGUUGAGAAGUUGAUCAUGCAAGUUAAAAAUUUGCUAUUCACAUGUGAACAUGAAAAGGCUAAGAGUGCAAAACUUCAGCAGCAUAUUGACGAGAUGAAAAAUGAAAAUGCAGAACUUCAGCAACAGAUUAGAAGGUGUGGGGAGCAAAAUCGUGUCCCUAAAUUUGAGAUGUCUCAGUUAAUGGGCCAAUUAGAGGAUGUCAUGGAACCAGGUAUUAUUAAGGAUACAAAGAUGUCUUCCAAUUUGUGCCUGAAUUGUAAAGAAGAAAGCAUGAACUCCUCAAGUGCGAGGGAGAACCUGCAGAUGCAGACCUCCAAAAUUCACAGUCUUCUGACCCUAGUGGCAAGACUUCUUACAUGUCAGGACAUCAGCAAUCCUGAUACUGAACAUUUCAAAGACAAUAAGAAAGUUAGUGACAUAAUGCUGCAAAAACUGAAGAACUUUCAGCACAGGAAGAAAGAGUUAGAUAAACAGCUACUGAAGCAUAAAGACAAAAUCUCCAUGCUUCGAGAAUUAAUUGCUAGAGAGACAGCAUAUCACAAGACUGAGGGCGCAGACAUUGAUUCAAAUGAAGCUAAUGAUUCUAGAGAUACAUCUUUCUUAUUGACAGCCAAACUGGAUAAGUACCACAAUCUAAAUGAGGAGCUUGACUUCUUGAUCACAAAACUGGGAGGCCUCCUAGAGUCAAAAGAAGACCACUAUAGCAGACUCAUUGAAGAGAAUGCCAAGUAUCGAAGACAUGUAGGCAACCUAAUAAAUAAGGUAACAUCAUAUGAAGAAAUUAUCAAAUGUGCUGACCAAAGACUAGAGAUAUCCCAUUCUCAGAUUGCACAUUUGGAAGAAAGAAAUAGACAUUUGGAAGAUUUAAUUAGACUACCCAAAGAGAAAGCCAGAAAACAAAGUCACCGCACAAUAUUCAGAUAUGCCGCUUUAUUGGUCUCUGCGGCACUUUUCCUAGAUGGUAGUCUGAACAAGUCCCAAGUAGAACCCACGGUGCUGCUACUGCUGCUGUAG